AUGUCGAAAAAAGGGCAUUUGCAGGGAAUUCGAGCGAUUGCUAUCAUUUCAGUUUUGGCUUUUCAUUUUUUCCCGAAAUUUUUUCCCAAUGGAUUUUUGGGUGUUGAUCAGUGAGUUUUGUUCGGCGCGAAAAAAUCCCUAAAAAAAUUUUUUUUUGCAGAUUUUUUGUAUUAUCUGGUUAUUUGAUGUGUCAAAUUCUCUCCAAAAAUCAAAAUCAAUCAAUAAUUUCGAAAAUCUUCGAAUUUUAUCAACGUCGACUUUGUCGAAUUCUACCCAAUUAUUAUUUUCUAAUUUUAAUCAAUCAAUUUUUAUUGAUUUUUCCCUCAAUUUUUCCCGAAACAUUCAUUGAAACCAAUCAAAAAUCAGCAAAACAAUCCAUAUUUUUCGUCUCAAAUGAUUUCUCGAAUUUGGAGGAUGAUUAUUAUAUUUUGCUGAAAAUUGCUGAAAAUCUCUUCACUCAUACUUGGUCACUUUCUGUUGAAAUUCAAUUUUAUUUCAUGAUUCCUAUUGUAUUCUACACUAUUUUAUCGAUUUCGGGAAAAUCUGAAAAUUUCAAAAAAACAUAUUUAUUGCUCUCUGCAAUUUCAUUGAUUUUUUAUUUGAUUUCUUCAAAAAGCACGGCAUUUUAUAGUGUUUUUGCGAGGAUUUGGCAAUUUUUAGCUGGAUUUUUGGUGUAUUUUUUGGCUGAAAAUGAAAAAGAAGAGGAAAAUAAGGAGGAUUUGGAGAAAUUAUUGGAUUUUGAAGAGGAAAAAGAGCAGAAAACCUAUGAAAAUGCACAAACUUGGCUGUUAUUGGUGACAAUUUUGAUGCUUUUUGUGGGAUUUGAAUAUCCGGAGAGAAUUGUGAGGUAACACAAAUUGUUGUUUCAAAAAUCACACUUCUUAAAAUUUUGAAAAAAUUUACAAUUCAGAUAAUUUUCUAAAAAAUCUACUGUUUCAAAAAUUUUUAUUUUUUUCAACUUUUUUCAAAAAUUAUUAGUUGGUUUUUAAGUUUCCAAUAUUUCCGCCUGAAAUUUUGUGCUGAAACUUCUGAAAAUCAUUGAAAUUCAAGAUUGCCAUGAUUUUCAACACAAAUUUUUAAUCUAGAAAAAUACUUGUCACCUGAAAUUAAAUUUGAAAAAUUUCAUAAUUCAGAUAAUUUUCUAAAAAAAAAUCUACUGUUUCAAAAAAUUUUAUUUUUUUCAAACUUUUUUUCAAAAAUUAUUAGUUGUUGUUUUUUUUUGAGCUUACAAUAUUUUUCCGCAUGAAAUUUUGUGCUGAAACUGCUGAAAAUCCUUGAAAUUCAAGAUUUUCAUGAUUUUCAUCACAAAAUUUUGAUCUAGAAAUAUAUUUUGACUUUAAAUUAAAUUUGAAAAAAUUCACAAUUCAAAUAAUUUUCUAAAAAAAAUCCACUGUUUCAAAAAUUUUUAUUUUUUUCAAACUUUUUUUAAAAAUAACUAUCUUCUAUCUGUUUGAGAUUCCAAUGUUUCCACCUGAAAUUUCGUGCUGAAACACCUGAAAAUGCCGAAAAUCCUCAAAAUUCAAGAUUUUCAUGAUUUUUAGCACGAAAUUUUGAUCUAAAAAAAUAUGUUGAAUUUAAAUUAAAUUUGAAAAAAUGUCACAAUUCAGAUAAUUUUCUAAAAAAAUUUACUGUUUCAAAAAAUUGUAUUUUUUCAAACUUUUUUAAAAAAUAAUUUCCUUUUGGUUGUAUGAGAUUCCAAUGUUUCCACAUGAAAUUUUGUGCUGAAACUGCUGAAAAUCCUUGAAAUUCAAGAUUACCAUGAUUUUCAGCACGAAAUUUUGAUCUAGAAAAUAUAUGUUGAAUUUAAAUUUAAUUUGAAAAAUGUCAUAAUUCAGAUAAUUUUCUAAAAAAAAAUCUACUGUUUCAAAAAUUUUUAUUUUUUUCAGACUUUUUUCAAAAAUUAUUAGUUGUUGUUUUUUAGUUUCCAAUAUUUCCGCCUGUAAUUUUGUGCUGAAACUUCUGAAAAUGCUUAAAAUUCAAGAUUUUCAUGAUUUUUAGCACAAAAUUUUAAUAUAGAAAAAUACUUGUCACCUGAAAUUAAAUUUGAAAAAUGUCAUAAUUCAGAUAAUUUUCUAAAAAAAAUCUACUGUUUCAAAAAAUUGUAUUUUUUUCAAACUUUUUUCAAAAAUUAUUAGUUGCUGUUUUUUUUUUAGUUUCCAAUAUUUCCGUCUGUAAUUUUGUGCUGAAACGGCUGAAAAUGCUGAAAAUCAUUGAAAUUCAAGAUUUUCUUGAUUUUCAGCACAAAAUUUUGAUUAAAAAAAAAUAUAUAUGUUGAAUUUAAAUUAAAUUUGAAAAAUUUCAUAAUUCCAAUAAUUUUCUAAAAAAAUCUACUGUUUCAAAAACAAAUAUAAUUUUUUCCAAACUUUUUUUCAAAAAUUAUUAUUGUUGUUCUUUUUUGAGUUUCCAAUAAUUUUCCGCCUGAAAUUUUGUGCUGAAACUUUUGAAAAACUUUGAAAUUCAAGAUUCCCAUGAUUUUCAGCACAAAAUUUUGAUCUAGAAAUGUGUGUCACAAGUAAUGUUCUUAAAAAAAUCUACUGUUUCAAAAAAUAAUUUUUCCAGAAUAUUUAUCACAAUAAUAACAGCAUUGCUCAUAUUAAUAUCAGAAAAUAAUCAAAUUUUAUCAAAUAAAAUAAUGAUUUAUAUUGGAAAUAUAUCAUAUUCUCUAUACUUGAUUCAUUGGCCAAUUUAUUGCUAUUCAAAAUUCUACGAGUUACCCAAACUCCCAUUUUUAAUCCUCUCAAUUUUCCUCGCAAUUAUAAUUCAUGAAACCUAUGAAAAAUGGUAUACAACUAGACUUACACGAACUUCACAAUCCAUUUUAUGCGCAAUUUUAUUGAUUUUUUGUGUUGGCUCAAUUUGGAGACAAGAAAUUCACAAUUUUUAUUGGAAUUUAUCGGAAAAUAAUGUGAGUGGUGAGAGGAAUUCGAUAUUUUUGGCGGGAAAUUCGAAAAAUUUGAGUCUGGAAGAGAUUAUGGAGCUGAAUACGAAGUGGACGUUGAAGGAGAAUGAAUUUUUGAUGCGCGAAGAAUGCGAUUAUGAGAGAAGGGAUUUAAAGCCGUUUGGAUUGUGUAAAGUUAGGGUAAGGGAUUUUUGAAGUUAAAUUUUGAUCUACCGAAUUUGAUCCUAAAUUUUUUUCCAGAAUCUCUCCUCAUCUGCUCCCUACAAAAUCCUAAUUCUCGGCAACAGUUAUGCCACAAAUCUGGCCCCCCUAAUCAUCAAAUCAUGCCGCAAAAAAUCGCGGCAAAUCUGGCUAGUCUCACAUCCAGGCUGCGAUUUUUUGCAUCAAGGAUUCGCGCAAGGAAAAUGCCCAAAAAUGUGGCCAAAUUCAUAUGGGAAAAUCCAAUCCGAGCUUUUCGAUUUUGUGUUUUUGAUCGCGAAAUGCGGUGAUUUUUGUGAGAAUCAUGAGGAAUAUUUUCCGAUUUUCAAAAAUUUGGAUCGCGAAUUGGAAUUCGCCAAAUCUCAAAUUUCGAGAAUCCGCAAUUUUGUGCGACACAAAAUAUUCAUUCAAAAUGCCGUGACGAUUCCGAGUGGUGUCCGAAGGCUUAAUGAUUUUUUGAAGAAUCAUACGAGCUUUGAUGAGAUUGAUGUGAGUUCCUGGGUUACUGUAUGUUUCUAGAUUUUUUUCUCCAGAAAAUCUACUCUCAACGCCUCAAACAUCACAAAAAAAUCGGAGAUGCUCGCCAUCGAAAAUUGGCCAAAUUUUGCGGGGAAAAAUGCGAAUAUUUCGACGCAUUUUCGAAUUUCACACGAAAUCCCUGGGCUCCGGAGGAGAUAUUUCAAUUUUUCGACGAACGCGGAUUGGAAUAUGUGGAUGGAGCCGAUCAUUUUACACCGUUUGCUUGGCCCAAAAUUCAACCCGUUUUUGAUGGGAUUUGUGAGAGAAUUUAG